CGUUUCAAAAAAAAAAGAAAAGAGAAAAGUGAGAGAUUGGAUUGUAAAUGUUGCUUUUGUCCUAAAGGUAAUGACAACUCACAUUUACUGACUGCAUUUGCCAGACAUGGCUGUAAACAUUUCAAGUUAAUCUUCUUUAUAACCUAUGUGGAUAGGUACCAAUUUUAUUAACCCCUUCUCUAUAGACAAGGAAACAAGCACAGAAUAAGUCAGCAUAUGCAACCAGCGUCCAAGUCCUGGUAGUCAAGGGAGGAGAGUGAUUCAAGAAUGAGGGAAUAAUCAGUGCAGCAAUGAAAAUUGAAGGCCAAGUUUCAUAAGAGCUGAAAAUCCCCAUUGGAUUUGGCACUUGGAUCACUGGGUUUUCCUCUGCGCAGGUCUUCGCGCGGGACCUCAAAGUACGUGCCCGCUUCCCUUCCCCCAGCACUAAAGAUAAAUCUGGCGGUCCCAGCGCGCGCGCGCGGAGCCCGCGGGCCACACCCGCCUCCUAGCAACCGGACGCCAGGCUCAGCCUAAGGAGAGAGGAGGCCACCAUGGACCAGCCAGCCGUCGCCACCGCCUCCACCACACUAAGGGAGGACCUGGUGCGUGGAGAAUCAUUCAUCACAGCCUCGAAACCAGCCCGAAAGACUUCCUCUUUUGAAAGAGAAGGAUGGUGGAGAAUAACAUUAACAAAUACUCCUAUACCUGGCACUUACCACUUGAAAACUUUUAUUGAAGAAUCCCUGUUAAAUCCAGUGAUAGCAACCUACAAUUUUAAAAACGAAGGAAGGAAAAAACCACCUCUUGUGCAAAGGAACAAUCCAGUCCUAAAUGAUCUUCCGCAGUAUAUGCCUCCUGGCUUCCUGGACCUGUUAAAGAAGCAAGCGGCUACUUACUCAUUCAAAGACAAACCACGGCCAAGCCCCAGCACACUAGUUGACAAAGAUCAGUCACUUCAGCUUUCUCCGGGACAAUACAAUGUGCUUCCUGCACCGGUUCCCAAAUAUGCUUCCAGGAGCUGUGUAUUUCGCUCAACAGUUCAAAGAUUCCCAACAACUUAUUUUAUUCCUCAUGAAGGCCCUGGUCCAGGUGAUUAUAAUGUGAAAAUACCUCCAACAAGCUCUAUCACUUCUUGUUUUCAAUCCAGAGUCCCUCGAUUCUUGCCCAGCCGUUCAAAAACCCCAGGCCCGGGAGCAUAUACAACUUUAAGACAAUUCCCUAAGCAGUCUCCGACCAUAGCCAAAAUGGGCCGAGAACAUAGCCUUUUCUUCAACAACACAAUUGGCUUUUAAAAUAAAGCAAUCUUGGCACCAAGCUCUA